CUCCACGUGUCCUCCCCUUCACUUUCUUAGUUUUGUCUGGAAUUGCACCGAUGAAACGAGAAGAGAAUUCCAACACAAAAUGCUAUCAAAUUUGUGCACGCUGAGUCCCUCAAUCAAACUUUCUACAGCUACGAUAGAGAACUAAAUUUGAAAAUUUUACCUUCUUUAUUUCGCGACUUUGAUUUAUUUUUUUGAUUUUUUAUUUUGAGUGGAGAUCAUCGAUACUGAUAUUGUAUCACUGAGGCCGAGAAAUUGUUCGGAUUGGAGAUGAUGCAUGUGAGCGGCGGAGCUUCAAUGCGGCGACGCUCGUUUAGGGAUUCGAUCAAAUUGCUCGAAGCCGAUAUCCAACAUGCUAAUAUUCUAGCAUCAGAUUUUCCACGUGAGUAUGAUGGUGCAUACUUGCAGAUGAGAAUGUCAUAUAGCCCUGCAGCACAUUUGUUUCUUUUUCUAGUACAAUGGACUGAUUGUCGUCUAGCUGGCACACUUGGACUGUUGAGAAUCUUAAUUUAUAAGGUGUAUGUUGAUGGUGCCACCACUAUGUCUACUCACGAGAGAAAAGCUAGCAUUAGGGAAUUCUAUGCUGUUAUUUAUCCCUCUUUACUUCAACUUCAGAGCGGUGUUGCUGAUAUAAAAGAUAAAAGACAAAAAGUUGUAUGCAUGGAGAGAUACAUGAGACGUGAUGAGGCAAAGCAUGAGCAUUUCUCAGAAGUAAAUCUUCAAGAAGAAGAAGAAUGUGGGAUUUGCAUGGAGAUGAGAAGUAAAGUACUUUUACCAAACUGUAACCAUGAGAUGUGCCUCAAAUGCUACAGAGAAUGGCAUUCAAGAUCACAGUCGUGCCCAUUUUGUCGUGAUAGCUUAAAGAGGGUAAACUCAGGUGAUCUAUGGAUCUUUCUGAAUGGCAUGGAUGUAAUAGACAUGGCAGCAAUUACAAGCGAGAAUUCGAAGAGAUUGUUUAGUUAUGUUGAUAAAUUGCCUCUGAUUAUCCCCGAUACCCUAUUUGACGCGUAUAAUAAACAUAUAAGGUGAUUAACUAGCUUGCUAUUUUGUGAGACAAUUGCUCAUACAUACAACUCGAUUUGGAAGCUUAGGUGUUCAUCCUACUACUUAUUAAUGAGAACCAACCCUGCUUUAUGUGAGCAAUUGAGAAAGAAAAUAUGAAUGGUUGUACCUGUCUGUAUCAAUAAUUAUAAGCGCUUUAGGUAA